AUUAGUCAAUAUAAUUUCAAUAUGGAGACCAAGAGUGCUGUUCGCACUAUUAUGAGCGUUCAGCAGCAGCUGGAUCGACAGAGCCAGGAAGCGGAGAUGCGGAACAAAGUAAUUGGCAAGAACAACAAGCUGUGGGAGCACUUUGUGCGUAUGUCGGAGUUUAUGGCCAAAUGCAAGCACUGUGGGAAGAUAUUAUCCUUCAAACACUUGUCGUCCAACUUGAUGCGUCACAUCGUGCGCCGCCAUCACAAUCUCUCGAAGACCUUAGACCACUUGAUGGCGCCCAAAAAAGAGAUCGUGUGCAACGUUGAGAGCAGGCAGAUGGCGGAUCCACUGGAGAAAGUCAACUUCGAUGAUGUAGAUAGCAUUAUUGAGAAGGUGACGGAUCAUUUGGAGGACGAGGAACCCUUUUACGAGUACGUCGUCGACAACACCUUAGACGUUGGGGAUAAGCAUGAUUAUCCCGAAUCGAGCGACAUGCACCACAUAGUCCGAGCGGACUCCGCCUCGCUUUCGGAGACCACCACGAAAAUGGACGAGAAGCUCAAAGCUGAGACAAUAUACUUUAAUGAGAUGGCCGAAUUGGCCAGAUCCAAGCGGAGACUAAUCGACCUGCAGGCCAAGAAGCUCCUCCUCGAUAUGAACGUUCUGGAAAACUAACAACAACACAACGGCACACAGGCGGAGACGUUUAUUUUAAUACGUAUAUAUAUUAUGUAGAUGAAAUGGAUGGGCGAUAUGAUUAAGUAUGUAACAAAUUAUAAUUUAAACAAUAA